UGGAGCUUCAAUGUAAACACGGAACUAAUGUGGAUACCUCAUGCGAACGUCUGCAGUAUUUCAGCCACUCAUAGUUUCGUCGCUUACCGAGAUCAGUUUAGCAAAGAUGAAUAGCUGUGCACUUAUUUUGGUAAUGGCAUGCCUUGCGCUUUCAACGCAGGUGAAUUGUAAAUCCUACAACAAAUCAAGGCACUUGACUAAGGUGAAGCUGGUUGCCUUUGAUUGGAAGAAUUGCGGACAACCAGAUGCCCCGGCGGUUUUGAAGCAGCUGGAAUUGUCGCCAGACCCCAUCGCUGUCCCGGGUGACCUCACCGCCAGUGCUUCGGGCUCCACUUCUGUACCGCUGGCCUCUCCACUCUCCGUCAACAUGACCCUGGAGAGGGAGGUAGCGGGAUUCUGGGUGAAGAUCCCAUGCUUGGACGAGUUGGGCAGCUGCCACUACCCAGACGCCUGCUCCAUCCUGGACCAGCUCAUCCCCCCGGGCCAGGACUGUCCCGAGCCACUCCACACCUACGGCCUGCCCUGCCACUGCCCCUUCAAAGCAGGUGCCUACACUCUCCCCGAGUCUGACUUCUACCUGCCAAACACGGACCUGCCGUCCUGGCUGACCAACGGCAACUACCGCGCUCAGGGCGUCCUGGGGUCCAAGGGCAAGGAGCUGGGCUGCCUGAAGGUGGCGCUGUCGCUCCACUCCGGGUAGGACCAAGGCUGUCCAACGGACGGUCCUCCUGGGGAGGGGUUUGGUUUACUCGGCACAUUUCGACUAUUUCAAUACUGGAACCAAUUUAUGAUGAUGUUUUGUUUUGUUCUGCUUUUACUGAUUGAUUUUUCUAUUUUUUAUUUUUUUUUUAAAAGGAAGGUGCAGGAUGUGCACAGGGAUACGGGGGACAGUGAGGUUACACAUUGAUUAGUGUAAACUGACUUUAAAUAAUUAUGUUAAAUAAUAAUGUUAGAAAUACUAUUUUUAUUCGUAUUUUCUGUUGUUUCUGUAGCACAUUGACACCAAAACGUCUCUUUGGAUGCAUGAGUUGCACACUUGUUUGGUUAGAUUGGGAAUGAGAUAACUCAACUUUGGUACGAAAAUGGGCUGGUUUAUGUUGAAACCAAAAUAGACUUGAACAGGUCUUUAUAUUAGCUUUUUUUAGCAGGGGCGUAAGCUGCUUAGCUCAGGCAGAGGGAAAAACUAAAGCUGCUCAGAUUUAAAAAAAAAAAAGUAAUAUACGGGUUACAUUCUCCAUUAACAUUAAAGCUUAUGGCUGUCUGAGCUUGUAUAUGAUACUUUAAGUUGAUCCUUAGCCUACUAUAACGUCACACUUUCUUUAAGGGCAAAGCUGUGUUUUUAUUGGAACACACAUUCCCACACACAUUUUAGCCUAUACCCAUACCAGGUAAAAAGCAGGUUGCUUAUGCUCCAGAUGGUGUUUAGCUUUGUGUAAUAUGCGUUCACCUUAAGAACGACAAUAAUUGGUGCAUCACAAAUAUACAUUAACUCUCACUGACCCACACCUCAUCAAAGCUCCAUAGUGCCUUGCUCCAGAGCACCUUAUCAGUAUUAGUGCUGGAAUAGUGGCUAGGGCUGUAUACAGUCGCAUCUUUUUUAUGCUUCAUUGUGCAUUACUACCAUCUGUUGGGCAAUGAUUGACCUGUUUGCUUGGAUUUAUGGUAUUAUAGAAGUUGCGUCUAACUGUUCGGUUGCCCCACUUAAAAAGGUGGUAAUUACAUUAAUUACAUUUACCAUUGUAGGGGAUGAAAGGAGCAGCUCAAGCAAACAGUCAUGUUUCUUUAAAAGUGUCAAAAAUGGCUGCCGGGUUCCUAUGAUAUCCACUGAAUGGAUAUGGUUGAUGGGGAGUUAUUUGUAUACGACCAAAACACAUGUAGGAACUUUUAGAUAUUUAGCCUUUAAUCAUCUUUGGAUACAAAGUUAAAUAUUGAGUUUUGUUUUUUUAUUAAUGAAGAUUUAAGCCCACACGCACAGAUCUAAAUGAUUGAUCCCUAUUCUCUCUAAAUCACUCUUCUUAAACUUGAACUUUGAUCAGAUGUGACACGUAUACCAAUAUCAAUUAUUCUGCAUGUAUCUAUAGAUCCGCAUGUAACUAUAGAUACAUGCUUGGAAUUGAGGAGAACUGAUAAUAAAUGUAAUGAAAUUAUGUGAUGAAAUUUAUGGUGUUUUUUAAUUUCCCUGUAAAUGCCUUGCUUUGAUAUUUGAGAUCUCUGGAAAACCUGCUGUGUGCCAGGAUAGAUGAUGUGUUCAUUUAUUCAAAACAAUUCUGGUUCUUCCAUUGUUAAUGCAAUAAAAUCACCUAGAAUCAUAAAAUAUAUAUUUUUAAAUAUGUUAAUUAACAAUAAACAUUUCAUUAUGUUUG